UUGUCUGCUGAGAAAAGAGGAGAGAGAGAAAGAGAGUUUCAGUUUGUUCAAUCACACUGAUUGAGAGCUCCUUAUAUAUUCAAUUAUCUCUUUCUUUCUUCGUCCUAUUCCUCCUCUAGCAUCUACAACAAGACCAAAAAAGAGUGAAAAGUUUUCAUUUUUAUUCAAUAUUCAGAAAAAAAGAGAGUGACCCAUAUAAGAAAAAACCCUAUUGGCCACAGUUUUUGAAUUGAUUUUGAUGGAUCUAUGGAUCUAACGCUUUUAUACCCACUUGUAUUGGUCUGUUUCUUUUAGAUCCCCAUCAUUUUCAUUUGGUGGUAUUCAAUAGCUGACAACAACUGAUCUAGGAGCCUGAUUACACUGGGAGGAGGUUGCUCUGGUUUUGGUUGUAGAGGGAGGGAUUGCAUCCAUUUUGGAUGUGGAGGAAUUGGAGGCUGGCCCAGGUGAAAUGAGGGAUGUUAUCAAGGUUGAUAAACUUACUGAAGGCCUGCUGGGGGCCAUCCUCGGACAGUUAUGUCUACUCGGGUUCAGAUGCAGCAGGCCGGCAAGAUGGAUUACUUUGGUACAAAGACACCGGGCAGCACAUGAAUGGUGAGUUCUCAAUGGCAGUCGUCCAGGCCAACAAUUUGCUUGAGGAUCAGAGCCAGAUUGAGUCAGGUCCCUUGAGUUCGCUAGAGUCUGGACCAUAUGGCACCUUCAUUGGCAUAUAUGAUGGUCAUGGUGGGCCAGAGACUUCACGUUACAUUUAUGAUAAUCUAUUUCAGCAUUUAAAGAGGUUCACCUCAGAGCAACAAUCAAUGUCAGUGGAUGUGAUACGGAAAGCAUAUCAAGCAACUGAGGAGGGAUUUCUGUCUGUUGUUACCAAACAGUGGCCUAUGAAUCCCCAAAUUGCAGCUGUUGGAUCUUGCUGCCUGGUUAGUGUGAUCUGUGGUGGUACUCUCUACAUUGCCAACCUUGGUGAUUCCCGUGCUGUGCUGGGGAGGCUUGUCAGGUCAACUGGGGAGGUUCUUGCCAUCCAGUUGUCAGCAGAGCAUAAUGUGGGAAUAGAAUCUGUGCGACAGGAGAUGUUCUCUUUGCACCCGGAUGACUCACACGUUGUGGUUUUGAAGCAUAAUGUAUGGCGUGUUAAAGGCUUGAUACAGAUAUCUAGAUCUAUUGGUGAUGUAUAUCUAAAAAAGGCUGAAUUUAACAGGGAGCCUUUGUAUACUAAGUUUCGCCUUCGUGGACCUUUUAAAAUGCCAAUUUUAAGCUCUGAUCCAUCAAUUUCUGCACAUGAACUUCAACCCCAUGAUCAGUUUCUCAUAUUUGCUUCUGAUGGGUUGUGGGAGCACCUUAGCAAUCAGGAAGCAGUUGAUAUUGUUCAAAACCACCCACGCAAUGGAAUUGCCCGGAGGCUUGUGAAAGUUGCCUUACAGGAAGCAGCUAAGAAGAGGGAAAUGAGAUACACCGAUCUGAAGAAAAUUGACCGCGGUGUCCGCCGACAUUUCCACGAUGAUAUCACAGUCAUAGUUGUUUUUCUUGAUUCAAAUCUUGUGAGCAGAGCAAGUUCAGUUAGAGGCCCUACUUUGUCUGUGAGAGGAGGUGGUGUUCACCUACCUGCGAAGUCUCUAGCCCCCUGUGCCACACCAGUGGAGCUUAAUAGUUAAUACUACUUGAUUAAGCCGCCUCAUUGUACUAUUGUACGUGGUAUUAGAUCCUUCUCAGAAUUCCAGUGCCUUCAGCUUGUAUAUCCAAGAGAGAUAAGAGAAGCUGUGGUCAUUUUUAUCUUGUACAAUGUAGAUUUAACCAAGAACGUGUAUUUAUUUAGUUUCUAAGGACUUGAGCAAGGAAAGAAUCAGUGAAAUAGAGCUUCAAAGGUGACACUGAUGAUUCUUUCUUCGAGACUGUGUUCUUACGUAUUCAUUUUCCUCCCCCUCUCUUUCUUUCAUUUUAGAGUUUUGUGUUUUGUAUAUUAUGUGAACUUCAUCCCUUGAAAUCAAAGUUUCGGAUCCUGUUGCUUCA